AUGGCGCUCGCGUCGCUAGCGUGCGCGUCUCCUACCGUCGCCGCGUCCUCACUCGCCUUUGUCGCAGCGCGCGCAACCUCCUUUCGCCGUCACUACGCCUACGCCGCUCUCGCGCUGCGCCUGCCGCUCAUGCGGCCGCCGUUCCCCGCGCUUUCCGCCGAUCCCUCCGGCCUAUGCACGCGCAACCAGCCCCCGUUACGCGCACAACCCCAAUCGCAAGCGCAGUCACAGCCGCGAAUGCAGGUCCCAAUGGCGGCUAGCGGUGGGGGGAAGGGUUUUGGGGGUAGCAGCGGAACGUCCUCUUCUAGGCGCAGCAGCUCCGGGGGACGCGGCGGUAGAGCGGGAGGAGGAGGGGUAGGCGGAGGCGGAAGCGGAAGGGGGGGCGGAAGUGGGUUGGCGGAUGCGCGCAGCAGCGAUCCCGCGGAGGCUUUCGGGUUGCCGGAACGAUCAGUGGCGCUAAACGAGCUCAUGCGCGUGCUGCUAGAGGAGGAGAUGCGCCCGCCGCACGAGCGCAUGCAGCACGCGCGCGAGCAGCGCGACCUGGCGGAGGCGGCGCUGGAGACGCGCCAACGCUGGGAUCGGCGGCGGGAAGCGCGCGGCCGGCGCGCGGAGAGGCAGGGGCGCGCGGAGGCCGCCAUGGACGCGAUGGACGCGGAGGAGGCGGCGAUUGCGGCGGCCAUGGCGAAGCGCCAAUCCCCCCCAACAUCAUCCCCCCCCGGAGGAGGAGCUGCGGAUGCGCAAGGCCUGGGCUGCGCGCCAAGCAACCCUUUCCACCCCCUCAUCCCCCACUCCCGCUGCCCCUCUCCCCGCACCCUCCCCUUCUCCCCCCCCCUCCCCCCCCUCUCUUUCCGCCUGCCCGCAACCUCGCCCCUCCUUUCCCCCCCCAGCCUGAUCCCCGCGGAAGAGGAGCUACAGAUGUUCAAGGAGUGGGCGGCGCGCAAGCUGCGGGGCGCGCCCAGGGGCGCGGAGGGCGUGGCGGUGGCGCGCGGACUGGCGCACAUGCGGCGCACGCUGGAGGGCGCGGUCAGGGAGGAGCAGGACGCGCGCAGGCGCGGAGGCGCAGGCGGAAGCGGGGGCAGCGGGGGGGUUAGGGAGAUUGAGGGGAGUGGGGAGAGAGGGGGAGGGGUGAGGGGGAGGAAGGGGAAUGUGGGGGGGAAGGUGGAACAGGCAUGGGAGAGGGAUCAGCGCGAGUGGGGGACGAUGUGGGCCAAGGGGAGUGGGGGAAGGGGCGCGGGGGAGGGGGGAAGGCGCGCAUUGGGGGAUGGGGUGGCGGAAGUGGUGGCGGGGUUGGAGGAGAGGCGGCGGAGGAUGGGGGGAGGGGAGGGGGAGGGGCGGAGAGGAGUCCGGGGAGAGGGGGAAUGGGGGGCGGAAAGAGGGGAGAAGAGGAGAAAAUGGGGGGGAGAGAGGGGAGAGGUGGAUACGCGGAGAGGGGAGCGGGGGGAGCAUGUGAGGGCGAGGAGUUGGGGCAGUGGGGCGGAACGGAGGGGCGGAAGCUAUGAGGGGAGGGGGGACGUGAGCAUGGGGGGAGAUGUAAGAAGCGUGCCAUGGUUGCGAGAGGGAGGCAGGGCGGAUGGGGGAGUGUGGGACUUUAGGGAUGGAGCAAGGGCAGCAGUGGCAGGAAAGGCAGCAAGGGCCGGACGGGAAGGAAGGGAGGGAAGGGAAGGCAGUGGGGUUUGGGCUGGUGGUGAGGUGGUGGAGAGAAGGGGACGAGGGCGCUUGGAUAAGGGGGCGAGAAGCGAGGGGGGUGCGGCGAACCAGAAGCAAACUCCUCCCGGCGCCGGGCCCCCAUUCUCUCCUCUCCACACUCCCCCUGCUGCUGCCGCCCAUCCAUUGCUGAACAGCAACAGCAGCAGCAACAGCAGCAGUGCACCCAGCUCCUCUCCUACCACCACCACCUCCCCCACGCACCCGGGAAUGUCCCCUGCUCUCCGCGCGCUCAUCACUGGGCGUGCGGUUGGUGGUGGUGCUGCUGGGGGCAUGGGGCUUGCUGGGACUGAUGCUUUUGCUGGGCAGAGAGGGCUUAGCAGCGUUGCUGGUGGGGCGGGAGCAGCAGGAGGGACUGUCCUGAGCAGGCAAGGAGGGCCGCUGGGGGGAACUGUUGCGUGGGGGAGUGGCUUUGAGAGGGAGGUUGGCGGGGUGCGAAGCAUGGGGGGCCGAGCAGGGAGUGAGGUUGGAGGAAGAGCGGGUGCAGGGAGUGUGGCGGUGGGUGCUGGUGGUGGGGCGGCGGGGGUGGGCGGUGGGGCAGAGGAUAUGUGGGAUAGACUGGAAAGCGAAAUGAGUGCUAGCAUCGAGGAGGGGGCAUGGGAAGAGAAGGAAGGGGAGAAGGAGCACAACCGCCUCUCCCCCGUUCACUCUCCCAGACAACCUCGACGGGCCAGCCGGCUCAGUCUUCCUGAUCGACAAGCCCAAGACCUGGACGUCCUUCGACGUCUGCGGGCGCCUGCGCCACCUCCUGGGGAUCAAAAAGGUGGCCACGCGGGGACUCUCGAUCCCAUGGCCACCGGCCUGCUCGUCGUGUGCGUCGGCCGCGCCACCAAACUCGCAGACUCCUAUCAAGCCAUGACCAAGGAAUACACAGGCGUGAUGAAGCUGGGAGAGGGUACCCCGUCGCUGGAUGCGGACACAGAGGUGUGUGAGAGGAGCGAGUGGGAGGGGGUGACGGGGGAGAGGCUGAGGGAGGCGGCGGAGGGGUUUCUCGGGGAGUGCUGGCAGGUGCCACCGGCGUUUUCGGCGCUGAAGGUGGGGGGGGUGAGGGCGUAUGCGAUGGCAAGGAAAGGGCAGGAGGUGGAGCUGAAGGCCCGGCCGGUGACGAUUGAGGAGUUUGAUGUGUGGCGGGCGGGGGAGGGGGAGGGGGAGGGGCGUGGCACCUACGUCCGCACUCUACUGGCCGACCUAGCGCAGGCCGUAGGCACGGUGGGGCACCUAGUGGCGCUGAGGAGGGAGAGGAUCGGGGACUUGAAUGUGCGGCGUGCUGUGAGUGUGGAUGAGGUGGUGCAGGCAUGGAUUGAGAAGCACCCUGGGGAGGAGGUGCGCGGGGGGAGAGGGGAGGGUGGGGGGCGGGGCGGGAGUGGUGGGGGAGGGAGGAGGGGUGGGAGAGGGGGAGGGAGGAGGGGGAAGGGUGGGAGGGAAGGUGGGUUUGAGGGGAAGGAAGUGGAGUGUGCAGUGCAGCGCCCCGGAGCGAGGGAAGCCAUUGGAUCCACUCGGGAAAGCAGCAGGUGUAGAGGCGACUCGACUCGCCAUCGGAUGGAGGUUGCAGUGAGGGCGCUCGGCGCGCAGCUGGCGGAGAUGCGGAGGGAACUGGCGGAAACGCGGAGAGAACAGGCGGAGACGCGGAAAGAAAUGGAGGAGUUGAGAGCGAUGGAGCAGCGAGUGCGAAUGGAGGUGGCACAGGCGCGGGAGGAGAGGCAAGCAGGAGCGAAUGAGUGGCGGCACCAGCUGGCAGGAGUGAGCGCUGCAGUGGCGGAGAGGGAGAGAGAAACAGGGGAGAUGGCUCGGGCUGUGAGUGCACUCCAGUGCAAGGUGCAGGGGGUGCAAGGAUUUAUGCGCAGCCGUGCAGGGAAAGGGGAGGUGGCGGCUGUGAGGAAGCGACUAGGGGGAUUGAGGAAGGGCGUGAUGGGCGCAGUGAGAAGAGAGGUGGCAGCAGCGGUGAGGGCGGAAGUGGCAGCAGCAAUGGGGGAGAGAAGAGGAGCGAAGCAAGAGGUGCAAGGGGCGGUGCAGCGAGAAGAGCAGCUAGAGGAGCAGCGAGAGGAGCGGCGAGAGGAGUGUGAGAGUGAAAGCAAGUGUGGGAGUGAGUGUGAGCACAAGGGCCUUGUGGCGCAGCUGGUGCAGGAGAAUGCGACCCUCAUGUGCGAGAAGACUGUUGCCGAAGCAGAGCUGCGAGAGCUGCGAGCACAGUUAGAGGCGCUGAGAGCAAGUCAACAGAGAGAAGGGAUGGGAAUGGAUAUGGGGUUGCAGCCAGUACAGGGACAAGAGGAGGCAGGACGGGUUGAGACUCAUGAUUGCAAGGAGCUGGCAGGAGAAAGCACUGCAGUGGCAGCGAGGGAGGGAGAAGUAGGAGAGGUGGGUCGGGCUAUCAGUGCGCUCCAGGCUACGGUGCAAGGGGGUAUGCAGAGCGGUUAUGUAGGGGAUGUGGCGUCAAAAGUGAGGCUGGCAGGGGCAUGGAAGGACGUGUUAGAAGCAGUGAAAAAGGAGGUGACAGAAGUGGUGUUGGCUGUGGUGACGGGGGACGAAGACGACGGGGCACGAGUGCUGACACCGAUGCAGAAAUUGAGGGUGAGAAUGCUGAGGCCGCACUCGGAGCGAGAGUUCCGGAGAGCGAUGGGGCAGAGAAUGUUGCGGGCGAUGUGUGAUUGCGAGAACAAGGGGUGUGUGGCGCACCUGGUUCAGGAGAGCUCAGAGCCUGAGUAUCUGAAAAAGGCAAAUGAUGCAUCAGCAGAGGUGAAAGAGCUAAAAGAGGCUUUGGGUGCUGCGCUGCGGAGGAAUGAUGAGAUGGGCGCUAUGGUGGAGGAGAGGGCGAAGGAGCUGGCUCAAGUGAAGGGGGAGCUGAAUAGGGUGUUGGCUGAAUGGCAGAGACAAUUGACUGAAGCUCCAAGAGAGCUGGACGUUGACAAGGAAAUCAGGGAGAGCACGGGGGAUCGACGGGAGAUAUGGCAGGCCUAA